CGGAGUGCAGGAGCGGCUGCCUCAUGAACCUGCCUCCGCAGCUCUCCUUCGCCCUGUAUGUGGCCGCCUUUGCCCUGGGCUUCCCGCUCAAUGUCCUGGCCAUCAGAAGCGCGGCUUCCCACGCCCGGCACCGCCUCACUCCCAGCCUGGUCUACGCCCUCCACCUGGGCUGCUCUGAUCUCCUGCUGGCCAUCUCUCUGCCCCUGAAGGCCGUGGAGGCCCUGGCCUCAGGGGUUUGGCCUCUGCCGGUCCAGCUGUGCCCCGCCUUUGCCCUGGUCCACUUUGCCCCGCUCUACGCUGGCGGGGGCUUCCUGGCUGCUCUGAGCGCCGGCCGCUACCUGGGCGCAGCCUUCCCCCUGGGCUACCAAGCCCUCCGGCGGCCGCGCUACUCCUGGGGCGUCUGCGUGGUGAUAUGGGCCCUCGUCCUGUGUCAUCUGGGGCUGGUCUUUGGGUUGGAGGCUCCGGGAGGUUGGCUGGACAACACCACCAGCUCCC